GCUGUGCACUGGUCUAUGCACUGAAGCCAUUCAACAUUUGGGCUGACCCAUAUUCUUAAAGUUGAGCAGACAAUCUGGGGACACUUCAGGUGAGAAAAUAUUUGUUCAAGUUUGCUGUGUGUUUCACAUGAUACCAAAGGGAUCUUCAGAGAUGCUGCAGUAACACCUCACUGUGACUAAUGCCAUAUAACUGCAUCAGCUAUUUCUAGCAAUAAGGCUCGGUUCACACAGGGUUUAGAUUUCCUCUGAGGCUAAAGAAUCAGUGCAGUGCUUUGCUAUAACAAAGGCAGCUCUCCAAAAGUUGUCUCACUCUUGACAUUCAUCAUUUACUGCAUUGUCGUUACAGGAGGCAGCUUGGAGCUUCAUUUUGUGCCCUCUUGACCCCAUGUCCUGUUAAUAAAUUUAUGUUCAAGAGUGAAUCAGUUACAGAGUUUGGGGACUUAGUCAUGAUGACUGUGCCAGCUCUUUAAGAGGCUGAGCUUCAAAAUGUUAUAGUUAAUGUUGUCACCACACAAGCUGGACCAUGAGUGGCUUUGUAUUGCUGUCUACGGGACACCAGAUGCCCAUGGUUGGACUAGGCACCUGGAAGAGCGCUCCAGGAGAGGUGAAACAGGCAGUGCUUACAGCCUUGGACUGUGGGUAUAGACAUAUCGACUGUGCUGCUGCAUACGGCAAUGAACAGGAGGUAGGGGAGGCUCUGGCUCUCUGGAUUGGUCCAGAUAAGGUGCUUCACCGUGAGGAGAUCUUUGUGACAUCUAAACUGUGGAAUACAAAGCAUGAGCCAGAGGAUGUGGAGGCGGCCUGCAAGAUCACUCUAAAUGACCUGGGUCUCUCCUAUUUGGACUUGUACCUCAUGCACUGGCCAAUGGCCUUCCAGCGAGGUAAAGAGCUGAUUCCACGGCGUGACGAUGGAAGUGUGUGUUAUUCUGACACACACUACAGGGAGACCUGGAAGGCCAUGGAGAGCUUAGUGGAUAAGGGACUGGUCAAGGCUAUAGGGCUGUCCAACUUCAAUGCCAGGCAGAUCGAUGACAUUUUCAGCAUAGCCAAGUAUAAACCGGUAGUUAACCAGGUGGAGGUCCAUCCUUACCUGUCUCAACAAGCGCUUAUAUCUCAUUGUCGAUCACUGGGGGUCCGUGUGACCGCCUACAGCCCUCUGGGUAGUGGGGACAGGCCUUGGGCUUCUCCAGAUGAACCAACCUUAUUGGAGGAUUCCAGACUGAGGGCUAUUGCUUUGAGAUAUGGGAAAUCUUCUGCACAAAUUAUUCUCAGGUGGCACAUUCAAAGAGGAGUGACGUGUAUCCCCAAAAGUGUGACACCAUUAAGGAUCCAACAAAACCUGCAGGUGUUUGACUUUACCCUGUCACAAGAAGACAUGGCACUGAUUUACUCCUUCAACCGCGAUGAGCGAUUCAUUGUACCCACAACUGAUAGAGGGGGGAAGAGAGUUUGGAGAGAUGCAGAGCAUCCCCACUUUCCCUUUCAUGAUUCUUACUAAGUCAUAAAGUGCAGAUACUUGUUUCUUACAAUAAAGUACAGUAAAAACACA